GUCGGCUGGACAAGAUGGCGGCCGGUGGCGGAGCUGAGGCGGCCGCGGCUGAGGAAGAGCUGCGGGAAGCGGGAGGCUCGGAAGACGACGGGGACGAGGGCGGAGGCGGCGAGGAGUCGGAGUCCGAGGAGUCCUCUGGCGACGGCGAGGAUGAGGAGAAGGAGAACGAGGCCGAGAUCCAGCGCCUGGAGGAGCAGCUAUCCAUCAAUGCGUUUGACUACAACUGUCAUCUGGAUCUGAUCAAACUGUUGCAUCAGGAAGGAGAAUUAAUCAAACUCCGAAGAGCCCGUCAGAAGAUGAGCGAACUCUUUCCCCUCACUGAAGAAAUCUGGCUAGACUGGCUGAAGGAUGAGAUUCGGAUGGCUUCAGAAAACUCGGAGCGGGAAAAGAUCUACGAUCUCUUUGAGCGAGCUGUGGAAGAUUAUAUCUGUCCUGAAAUUUGGCUGGAGUAUGCCCAGUACUCAAUUGGCGGCAUCGGCCAGGAGGGAGGCAUAGACAAAGUUCGCUCCAUAUUCGAAAGGGCCCUGACCGCCGUCGGCCUUCACGUGACGAAAGGAGCUGCCAUUUGGGAGGCCUAUCGGGAAUUUGAAAACGCCAUCUUGGAAACGGUGCAGCCGGGCGCCGGCAGCGUCCCCUCCCCUGAGCAGCAGCAGACCGUCAGCGCGCAGCUUGAAAAGAUCCACGCGCUCUUCAGGCGCCAGCUGGGGAUCCCGCUGUUGGAUAUGGAAGCCGCUUAUGCGGAAUACGAAGAGUGGUCCGAGGAUCCGGUCCCGGAAGCGGUGGCUAAGAACUACAAGAAGGCUCUGCAGCAGAUGGGGAAAUGUAAACCCUACGAAGAGGCCCUGCUAAUAGCCGAGACCCCAAAGCUGGCCGAAUAUCAAGCCUACAUUGACUUUGAAACCAAGGCCGGGGACCCGGCUCGCAUCCAGCUGACCUACGAGCGCGCCCUGGCGGAGAACUGCCUUGUGCCCGACCUGUGGGCACGCUACACCCAGUACCUGGACCGACAGCUGAAAGUGAAAGAGCUGGUGCUCUCUGCCCACGAGCGGGCGGUCAGGAAUUGCCCCUGGACGGUCAAACUGUGGAACAAGUACCUCCUGGCCAUGGAGAGGCAUCACGUUGAACAUCGGCUGAUCUCAGAAAACUUUGAGAAGGCGCUGAACGCCGGCUUCAUCCAGGCUACCGACUACGUGGAAAUCUGGCAGGCCUACUUGGAUUACCUGCGGAGAAGGGUGGAUUUUACUCAAGACUCGAGUAAAGAGCUGGGAGAGCUGCGCUCCGCCUUUGCCCACGCGAUCGAGUACCUAAAGGAAGAAGUGGAAGAGCGUUUUAGCGAAAGCGGGGAUCCGUCGUGCACCAUCAUGCAGACCUGGGCGAGGAUCGAGGCUCGCCUGUGCAACAACAUGCAGAAGGCCCGGGAACUCUGGGACAACAUCAUGACGAAAGGGAAUUCCAAGUACGCCAACAUGUGGCUGGAGUAUUACAACCUGGAGCGGGCGCAUGGUGACACCCAGCACUGCAGAAAGGCGCUCCAUCGAGCUGUGCAGUGCACCAGCGAUUAUCCAGAGCACGUCUGUGAGGUGCUCCUUACACUAGAAAGAAUUGAAGGAACUUUAGAAGACUGGGACGCCGCUGUUCAGAAAACGGAGAACCGCCUUGCUCGAGUCAACGAACAAAGAGCAAAGGCCGCAGAGAAGGAAGCCGCCCUGGCCAAGCAGGAAGAAACGCGAGCCGAGCAGCGGAAGCAGACUCGGGCCGAGAAGAGAGCCGCCAAAAAGGCCAAGAAACCCCGGGCGGGAGACAAGCGCAAAGCAGACAAUGAUGGCGACUGGGGGCAGGAGGAGGAAGAAGCUGAACAGCCCACCAAGAGGCACAAGGGCGGUGGCAGCGGUGAUAUGCUGGUGGUCGAGGAGGAGGAGGAGGAGGAAGAGGUUGAAGACAUGGAGACGGAAACCGGGCUGUUUGGCAGAACCAUGCCAGGAAAAGCGGAUUUGAAACAGAAGGCGGAGGCGGAGGCGUCCAGGUGGAAAGACGCCCCCAAGAUCUUCCACGACAGCGAGAAAGACAGCGUCACAGUCUUCGUCAGCAACCUCCCCUACAGCAUGGCGGAGCCCGAAGCCAAGCUGAAGGAUCUCUUUGCAAACUGUGGGGAGGUGGUGGAAGUCCGCCCCAUCUUUACCAACAAGGGGACGUUCCGGGGCUAUUGUUACGUGGAAUUUCAGGACGAGAAGUCGGCUCUCCAGGCGCUCCACCUGGAUCGCAAAUACGUCGAGGGAAGGCCCAUGUUCGUGUCUCCCUGCGUCGACAAGAACAAGAACCCGGAUUUUAAGGUGUUCAAGUACAGCACCGCCCUGGAAAAACACAAGCUCUUCAUCUCCGGCUUGCCCUUUUCCUGUACGAAGGAGGAGCUGGAGGAAGCGUGCAAAGUCCACGGGAACGUGAAGGAUAUCCGGCUGGUCACGAACCGAGCCGGGAAACCCAAGGGCUUGGCCUACGUGGAGUUUGAGAAUGAAACGCAGGCCUCCCAAGCGGUACUGAAGAUGGACGGCCUGACGAUCAGAGAUCACGUGAUCAAGGUGGCCAUCAGCAACCCGCCUGCCCGAAGGUUCCCCGAAAGGUCCGAGGCGGUGGGCAGAGCGGCUCAGACCAUGACCCCCCGGCAGGUCUAUGGCGCACGGGGCAAGGGCAGGACCCAGCUUUCGAUGGUGCCCCGGGCUUUGCAGCGGCAGAGCAACCCGGCGGCCAAGGCGGAGAACGGGGUGGCUCCCAAGGCCCCACCUGCCACAGCGUCCCUGCCCGCCGAAGAGCCCAAGAAGAUGUCCAACGCGGACUUUGCCAGGCUGCUUCUGAACAAGUGAGCGAGGGGCAGUGACCGGUGGGGCGGAAAAGGCGAAGCUCUGCCUGAGAAGCCAUGGGGUGUGGGUGGGUGUGGGUGUCCGUGCAGGUGUGCAAAGGAGCCGGUUAACAGCCGCCCGCCGGCUCUCUCCUGAACUUCCACACCUACGGAGAUAUACCGAGCAGGGAGCUGUUGAAAUUGAACUGUUGAUUUUUUUCCCUCUCUCUCUCUCUCUGAGAAUCAGAGGGCAAAGAUGUUGGGUUUUUGGAGUUUGGGGUUGGGCACCUGGUUAAAAUGGCUUUAAACGCUCCCUCAUAUUGAGGGAUAACGUGGGGAGGACUCACUCUGGAGGUUGGGUACGACGUGCGUUUUACGGAGGACGUUAUUCCCCCCCCCUUUCUUUUUUCUUUUUCUUUUCAAAACCUUUUUAGGAAAUGAAGUUUAAUGUGAAAGCGUAUCGCUCUAGUUUGUACAAAUCCCACUGCAGGCUUCUCUCACAUAGUACACUUUAGAGAGAGACACGCGCCCACACUUGCCCCCCCCCCCCGUGUUUGGCACCCCCCCUUUCUCCUCCUCUUCCUCCUCCUGUAUAAAGUUACUAUAAAUAGCAGAUGCUAGCAACUUCACCAUAAUGGCCUAUUUUAGUACUGGGGAGCAGGGGGCAAGUAUUUAUAUUGAACCUGUAUUGACGAUUUGCUCAAGCUGGUCUGUGGUUGUUGUUUUUUUUAUAUCAAUAUUUGUGUAUUUGUGAAUGAUAUGCCAGAUUAUGAUUUUAAGCUUUGUUUGACACGAUACUUCCCAAGAGCCACUCGUUCAAGGCUUGGAUACUCCGCUUCCAUGGACCAUUUGGCGUUUUCGUUCGCUGAACAUCUGUACCAUUUUUUGUUUUGUUUGCUGUAUUGUUUUUGCCUUGUUCGGUUUUUUUGUUCUUUUUGUAAACAAUGCGAAGCGUGAGCCGACGUUCCUCCUUUUGGGUUCAUUAAAGUGCAGUUCUUGAAA